UUUUGAAUGUUUGAUCGAAAAUAAAAUAUUCAAAAACUCAAGUUUUUAUUCACAUAGUCAAAAUGCAAUUUUCUAUACUUUUAAUAGUGAUUUUCUCUGUAACAUCGGCUAAGGUUCAGCAUGCCGUGUACGAAUGCCCUGAACACCAGACGAUAACUCCGAAAUUUCCGAUCAACACCGAUGCAAUCUACACUUUCCCCAGCAAAGCGUUCACUCAAUUUCCAGUUAAUUCUGCAUGCACGUGGCUUGUCAAUAUACCCUGUAACUACACCGCCACUGUCCAUCUGAAAGCAACAAUUUCAGAUGGAGGACAUGUCACCAUGACUCAGACUCCGAAGAUGAAUAAAACGGAAAAAUUUGUUAAUAAUAUGGAAGUGACUCGUCUUUUCUACCCGCCAAGUUUUGAUAUUUUCUGGUACCCUGGAGCGUCGGAUGUUGGAAAUCUGAAGUUCAGUCUACAAUUUCAGACAAUUGAUCUUGAGGAAGGAGGCGAAGAAAUGGAAGAAGAAGAUGAAUAAUUGCUGGUUCUUUGCUUUUUCAAAAAAUCCAAUAAACUUUUAUUAAA